GGCUUGGCUUGGCGUUUAGCACACCUUGGCAUUAAAUUCGGAUUAUAAACCAGCGAAAAGUCUAGCGAAAUAUAGUAUUUCAUUUACACCGCUCAUAUAUUUACUCAAAUAUUUCUAAAUCCUUUUGCAUUUCUGAAAUUCUAAUAAAUUUUCAGUAGUAAAAUACGCGGAGUGAAAAUACAACCUAAAAAUCGUUUUCUAACCUAGACUUCCAGAACAGAAAACGUAUUUUUCGAAAGAGUAUGGACUUUCCUAUUGCGGUAGAAAAAUUUUGUUUGCUUCCAGAUCGGUCGCUUCUAAGUUUCGAAAGAUUCUCGGUUUUUAGAAAUUGCGAUUUUUUUCCGAGCUGAAAAGGCUGGAGGCGUUUGGAUUAUUGAUCCUUCGAGAAACCAGCAUGACGCUUACACUAGAAUCCAUCUUGCUUCUCGUUCUCGUCGCCAUUUUCUGGGGCGCCACCAAUCCUUUUAUGAAAAAAGGAGCAGUUGGAAUCGAAGAAGUUAAGGCAAAAUCAGGGUUUAUGCAGCUCCUACAAGAAAUUAAAUUUCUUUUCACUAACUAUAAGUAUAUGGGACCUUUUCUCAUUAAUCAAUGCGGUUCCGUUCUUUACUACUUUACACUUCAAACAACGGAUUUAUCUUUGGCAGUUCCGGUUGCCAACUCACUCACAUUCCUCUGUACUGCGAUAACCGGAAAAAUCUUGGGCGAAUCUAAAAUUCACAAAAACACCUAUAUUGGAAUUUUUUUGAUCCUUUGCGGAACAACAUUGUGCUGUUUCGACAAAAUGAAUGCAAUCCAAGCUGAAUCAGGGCUGUGAUUUCUACCUCAGGUAUUUUUUUUUUUUUAGUUCAUUAAGACAAUUCGCCAAUUAAUGUCGGGAAAUCAUAUUUUCUUAGUUAUUAUUAAGGCAUUAUUAAACUGAGGUUCCUUAAACAAGGUCACUGAGAAUUAGAGAAAAAUAUUAAUCAUUGCAAUUUCAGUCUUACAUGAACAGUCGGAGAAAGCAUCGAUUUUGUGCUCUCAGUUAAAAAAUGUAUUAGUUAUCUCUAUACUUUAUUUAUUUCCUAAUCAUGGAAGGGUCACUGAGAACGAGAAGUUUAGGAAAGCAUUAUCGCCCUUCAAUUAACUACGAUUUAACUUUAACCUCUUUAAUAGAAAAUAACUCAAACGCAACAUUACUUUCGUUCGUGAAAUUACGUUUUAGUGCAUGGAAAAGAUUUUUGCCCAACUACAGGGUGCGGCAUGGUCACUUGCUGAUUUGGAACGUGAAAUAAGAAAAAUAUAUUUGGGUUAUUGAUUUAUAAUUUUUAUUAACACACAGUACAGGUCUCAAAGUUUUUUUUCACUACGUUUUGAAGAUAACAUCGGCAAGAUGGUGACCCUUAUUUUCAAUGCACUGAACUAACCGGCUUCUGAAAUUGCGAUCCACUCGCUCGAGCAUAUCGGAGCGUAUGCUUGCGAUGUCUUGGGUGAUGUUAUCCUUCAAGUGCACCAGAGUUCUUGAGCGAUCGGUGUACACCACAGAUUUGAGAUAGCCCCAUAAAAAAAAAUCACAAGGUGCCAUAUCUGGUGAGCGGGCUGGCCAGGGAAGGUCACCUCUCAAGGAGAUGAGGCGCUCGUGGAAGUGUUCCCUUAACAGUUCCAUGGAACACCGUGCCGUGUGCGCUGUCGCCCCGUCCUGCUGGAACCAUACAUCCCCCAA